AUGAAACUGAUUAGUUGCUUGUUUUUGAGCCAGUGCUUUCUUAUAUCGAUUUGUUUUACGGAAUUAAGUGUAGAAAGAAAAGUAAAAUUUUUGAAUGGCUUCGUUGAUUAUUUGAACAAUCUACCAAAUCGCUUAUUCUCUUAUAGUGACGGUGUACUUUUAAAUGCGCAGCAGAUCGAUGAAAGUCGCUACAAGAUUGAAGUCUGCUUAAAAGUUAGCACUCUUCACAAUGUGGAUACUUCCUCUCAACAGAAGUGUACUGUUACAUUAGAAGACCUGGGAGAUAAUAGAAUUGGUAUUCAGGACCAUGAUUAUCAGUGCGAAAUAUAUGAGCCACAACUGAACAGUGGAACCUUCAAUAUUGAUGAUGUUGUGUCUCAAGAGCAGGGUAACACCACGCCCGAGUCUGGGCUUGACUACCAGCCUGUUCAGCUUGAUAAUGAAGUCCAGAGCAAUACAGAGGUUACCUCAGGGGAACAGUUUGUCGCUAUACCAAAGGAAACGCCAGUGGCGCCGUGUAUUGGAUGUUCGACUUUUGUGAAUCCUCACGCUGCUGGUGUCGAUGAGUUAGCUGGGUUAGGAAUUCGACACCUUAACAGACAUGAACCAAAUGUUAAGCAUGCAUUAAAUACGGUCGUCGAAGUGGAGAGGCAGAUUCAGGUGGUGAACGGUGUACGUUAUAUUCUUAAGAUAAAAGUUGAUUAUAACAAUUGUACGAAUGAAGUAACAGAUGAAUGUUCCUUUAUGAAGCCUUGUAAAAUAACUAUUUUGGAAAAACCGUGGAUCAGGUUUAACAAUGGCUUGAAAUAUAGAGCAAUUUUGGCCAACAACUGCACAGAAGAAUGGGUUUUCGGAGAUGAUGGCGAAUUUAUAUCUGACGGAAAUAAGGAAAUCAAUGACCGUAUUAUAAAUCCUUCCAAUUAUGAUCAAGGAGGAAAGGAAGACGGCAGACAAAAUCCAGACUACGACAAAAUUGCUAACACGGGAUCUGUGGAUGAUAUACUCAAGGCUAUACAUAAUUCAGAUUUACAAGCGGAGCAGUUAACUCAAAGGACAUUGACAGCAGAAGAGUUGAAAAAAUUAGAAGAAGAAAUUAUUCCCUAUAAUCGUUUCUUUGAAACAUCUACGUUAAGCUACGAUAAAAUAACACAGAGUUCAGAGUUAGAUCAUGUGAAUUUGCAAAUUAUAUCUAAAGCUAAAGCAAAUGAACAAUAUACUCGAAAUCCUAAUUUUAUUAAUGUAGAAAAAGAUAAAGAAAAAGUUUUGAAUGGGGAAAAGAAAGCUAUCGAUGAUUUGAUUCGUUUUUUCGAUUCUAUUAGUUCAGAAUUUAAACAAGAAACAGCGAGGUCUCAGAGAUCCCCAAAUCUUAAGUUUGUUGGAGGACAAAUAUUAAAGGACAAAAAUGACCCAUUGUAUAGGUCUUUAGCAGAAGAAUCGUUACUAAAAUAUUUACAGUCGUCAAAUGUUGAUCAAGAUUUAAUAGUUGAUGAAAUAGAAAAUGUUACCGUGCAAGUGGUUUCUGGAAAACUUACAAGAAUUUUAUUUCGAAUAGCAGUAAAAAAUAAGGAUUCGACAUCAGUCCCGCAAAGGUGUUUUUCGCAAGUAUGGGAAAAACCCUGGUUAAACGUAAAAGAAAUUAAUGUGACAUGUCAAGAGACUGAAGAAAGCUCGCUGAGAAUCAAAAGACAAUUACCAGGCGGGCAACAGGAGCAAAAUCCUAAUGACCCGAAAUACAUGCAGUUGGCGACAGAAUCUAUGCAUAAGUACCUCCAGACAUCGGGAAACUCGAACCCUCACAAAGUAACCGAAAUCGAAAGAGUCACAUCCCAAGUUGUUUCUGGCAGCUUGACUACGCUAUAUUUUAAGAUUAAGCCAGAACAGGGUUCAGGCGACGUCAUAAGCUGUAUUUCAAAGGUAUGGGAACAGCCUUGGGCUAAUAAGAAAGAUAUAGAUGUUUCAUGCCAAAUUGGUGAUGAUUCAAGGAGAACUAAAAGACAAAUACCAGGCGGGCAACAGGAGCAAAAUCCUAAUGACCCGAAAUACAUGCAGUUGGCGACGGAAUCUAUGCAGAAGUUCCUUCAGACAUCGGGAAACUCGAACCCUCACAAAGUAACCGAAAUCGAAAGAGUCACAUCCCAAGUUGUUUCUGGCAGCUUGACUACGCUAUAUUUUAAGAUUAAGCCAGAACAGGGUUCAGGCGACGUCAUAAGCUGUGUUUCAAAGGUUUGGGAGCAGCCUUGGGUUAAUAAGAAAGAUAUAGAUGUUUCAUGCCAAAUUGGUGAUGAUUCAAAGAGAACUAAAAGACAACUACCAGGCGGGCAACAGGAGCAAAAUCCUAAUGACCCUAAAUACAUGCAGUUGGCGACGGAAUCUAUGCAGAAGUUCCUUCAGACAUCGGGAAACUCGAACCCUCACAAAGUAACAGAAAUCGAAAGAGUCACAUCCCAAGUUGUUUCUGGCAGCUUGACUACGCUAUAUUUUAAAAUUAAGCCAGAACGGGGUUCAGGCGACGUCAUAAGCUGUAUUUCAAAGGUAUGGGAACAGCCUUGGGCUAAUAAGAAAGAUAUAGAUGUUUCAUGCCAAAUUGGUGAUGGUUCAAGGAGAACUAAAAGACAACUACCAGGCGGGCAACAGGAGCAAAAUCCUAAUGACCCUAAAUACAUGCAGUUGGCUACGGAAUCUAUGCAGAAGUUUCUUCAGACAUCGGGAAACUCGAACCCUCACAAAGUAACAGAAAUCGAAAGAGUCACAUCCCAAGUUGUUUCUGGCAGCUUGACUACGCUAUAUUUUAAGAUUAAGCCAGAACAGGGUUCAGGUGACGUCAUAAGCUGUAUUUCAAAGGUAUGGGAACAGCCUUGGGCUAAUAAGAAAGAUAUAGAUGUUUCAUGCCAAAUUGGUGAUGGUUCAUGGAGAACUAAAAGACAAAUACGAGGCGGGCCACAGGAGCAAAAUCCUAAUGACCCUAAAUACAUGCAGUUGGCGACGGAAUCUAUGCAGAAGUUCCUUCAGACAUCGGGAAACUCGAACCCUCACAAAGUAACCGAAAUCGAAAGAGUCACAUCCCAAGUUGUUUCUGGCAGCUUGACUACGCUAUAUUUUAAGAUUAAGCCAGAACAGGGUUCAGGCGACGUCAUAAGCUGUGUUUCAAAGAGAACUAAAAGACAACUACCAGGCGGGCAACAGGAGCAAAAUCCUAAUGACCCGAAAUACAUGCAGUUGGCGACGGAAUCUAUGCAGAAGUUCCUUCAGACAUCGGGAAACUCGAACCCUCACAAAGUAACCGAAAUCGAAAGAGUCACAUCCCAAGUUGUUUCUGGCAGCUUGACUACGCUAUAUUUUAAGAUUAAGCCGGAACAGGGUUCAGGCGACGUCAUAAGCUGUGUUUCAAAGGUAUGGGAGCAGCCUUGGGCUAAAAAGAAAGAUAUUGAUGUAUUAUGUCAAAUUGGUGACGGCUUCCGUCGAGUUAAGAAACGAGUGAAGAAGAAUGUAGGUGUUAGAGAGGAACAAGAUCCAUCGCUCCCAGAAUUUAAAUUAUUAGCUGAGAAAUCAUUACGUCAAUACGAAAAGUUAGAAGGCAUUAAACGACGUCAUGCGGUUAUUCUCGUUAAACGCGUUGUAAUGAAAGUUGUUUCGGGAAUGUUGUACGAAAUUGAUUACAUUGCCUCUCCUCCAAAAUGUAUAAAAGACGCUUCGAAACCGUUAAGUUGUAUUUUGUAUUGCCAUACUAAAAUUUGGGAUAGGCCGUGGUUGGGGCGUAUGAAAAUAGAUGUUGAAUGCUACAAAGGCGACGACGAAGAUUAUGAAGAUGAACAACCGUUACUAGGCGAAUUAUUAAGCGUAAAAGAAAAUGGCAAGAAUCAUGUAGUCACAGUAAGACCAAAACAUAAAAUAGAAUCUAAAAAAUCACAUAUCAUUAACAAGCGAUCACUUAAUUCAAAAUUGUCACAAAGCGAUCAAACGGCUAUUGAAAAAUUAGCUCAAGAAUCGCUAGAGAAACUUGAAAUGUUAUCUUCACACAAACAAAAACAGAGAUUGUUUCAAAUAAACAAUUAUUCUAGUAAAAUAACGUCUGGCCGUGUUACCACCAUUGACUUUAACGUAGGCUAUACAUCGUGUUUGAAACAUGAAUUAGUAGAAAAUAUUACUAAUUGUGAUUUCUUAGAUUUGCCUAAACGACAUUGUGUAUCACAUGUUUGGGAAAGGCUGUGGCUGAAGAAUGGGAAAGACAUUGAAGUUACGUGCGAAGAUCAUCCUGUGCAAGAUAUCGCUUUGGACUCUGAAAACGCAAUAACUCUUGCUACAGAAGCUUUAAAGCAUAUUGAAGCUAAGUAUCCCAAUCCUCGGCGGCAAAAAAUUGUAAAGAUAAUUUCAUUAAAAAAGCAAGUUGUGGCUGGUGUUCACUAUAGAAUGGAAGUGGAAGUGGGCGCAACAAACUGUUUAGCAUUGAGCAUUAAGCAAAAUUGUACAUUGAGCAGUGAUAUGGGUGCAAACACAUUGUGUCGGGUGAACGUAUGGAUGCGGCCGUGGACAGACCACCCCCCGAAUUUUCGCGUAACGUGUAAUUAUGAGAAUUUUCACGAUGCCUUACAGAGACAUCUACAAGCUCAACAUCUAUUUUACGAUUUUCUGGCUACCUACAGACCGGCCUAUUUAAAUGACCGUGAAAAUAUGUUGCAGAGAUUUGAAAUCUUUAAGAAAAACGUGAAAAAGAUCCACGAACUGAACACUCACGAGAAAGGUACUGCAACGUAUGGUGUUACAAAAUUUGCUGACCUAACAUAUGAGGAAUUUAGCAGUAAAUAUUUGGGGCUGAAGCCAAGCUUAAGAAAUGAUAAUAAUAUUCCUAUGAGGAAAGCAGCCAUACCGGAUGUUAGCCUGCCUGAUCGGAUCGACUGGCGCGAACGUGGCGCUGUUACUGAAGUAAAGAAUCAAGGGUCAUGUGGCAGUUGUUGGGCUUUCAGUGUUACAGGCAACAUUGAGGGUCAAUGGAAGAUAAAGACAGGUAAUCUGGUAUCAUUGAGCGAGCAGGAGCUAGUUGACUGCGAUGGACUGGACCAAGGUUGUAACGGAGGAUUGCCGGACAAUGCCUAUAGAGCUAUUGAGCAGUUGGGUGGGCUUGAGACGGAGAGAGAUUAUCCCUACGAAGGCGAGGACGACAAGUGCUCUUUCAACAAAAGUUUGUCGAAGGUCACCAUCAGCGGCGCCGUCAACAUUACCACCAAUGAGACCGAUAUGGCUAAAUGGCUGGUCAGCAAUGGACCCAUAUCAAUAGGCAUAAACGCAAAUGCGAUGCAGUUUUAUGUGGGUGGGGUGUCCCACCCGUGGAAGAUACUCUGCAAUCCCAACAAAAUUGAUCACGGAGUACUCAUCGUGGGAUAUGGAGAGAAAGACUAUCCUCUUUUCCACAAGCGCCUUCCUUACUGGACCAUCAAGAACUCUUGGGGCACAUCAUGGGGUGAACAGGGCUAUUACCGCGUGUAUCGCGGUGACGGCACCUGUGGCGUCAACAUGAUGGCUAGCAGUGCAGUUAUAUAA